GAAACAGGGCUUGGUUCUGUGAGUCGUGGAUGAUCCACAUCCAAGCCAUACUGCGACUGGAGAGGCAGUUAGCAGGACGCAGAGACGCAGGGGGUGUCUCGGGAGCAUCACUUCGGCUGAGCUUAUGUUGGACUCAUCCGUUGUUCUUUAGCCACUCGGUCGGUUCUGAAAACAACAACAAAGGGACGUCAAGAAAAUGGGACAUUCCGCAAUUGCAAUUUUGCUGGCCGUGCUGUCCUUGUACGCGUGUAGAAGCGUCGAGGCCUUGUCUGUGACUGAGGUUAACGGGCCUGGCACCCAAGUGGCGGAGCCGCAGAUUGCAAUGUUCUGUGGGCGUCAACUGUUACAUAUGAACCCACAGACGGGCCAGUGGGAACCGGACCCUCAAGGGCGCAAGGACUGCUUCAAAGAUCCCAGUGAAAUUCUCUCCUACUGUCAGGAGAUGUACCCAGCGCUUUCCAUCUCCCACGUAGAGGAGGCAAAAAGUCCUGUGAACAUCCCUUACUGGUGUAAGAAAGGCUGGAGCCACUGCCAGGCACACCCUUUCAUAGUGGUGCCCUAUCGCUGUCUAGAGGGCGAGUAUGUGAGCGAGGCUUUGCUGGUUCCAGACCGGUGCCGCUUCCUCCACCAGGAGAAGAUGGAUGCCUGCGAGAGCUAUGUGUAUUGGCACAACAUUGCAAAGGAGGCCUGUACUGUAGAAAAUCUGGAGCUUCACAGCUAUGGAAUGCUUUUGCCUUGCGGAGAAAAUUUCCGCGGGGUGGAGUAUGUUUGCUGCCCAGGUCGAAGCAGCUCAAGCAGUAAGGCAGACUUGGAGGAAAGAGAACUGCUUGCUGGCCACCAGACGUCACAUAAUAGCGGAAUUUUUAAUUCUGCUGUCAAAGUGACAGAACCCACCCCGACCCCCACCUCUGACACAGACGUGUACGAGGCGGACAUGGAGGAUGACGAUGACGAAGUGGUGGAAGAAGAUGAGGAGGAAGAGGAAGAUGAAGACGAGGUCGAUGAGGAGGCGAUGGAUGAGGAGGAUGAGGAGGAGCCCGUUGCAGUGAGAAACUCCGAGAAGUACGAAUACCCCAUCGACUCUGGUACCUACCAGAUGUCUGACUAUCUGGACUCAUCCUACGAUGUAAAAAGCUACAAAGCCACAACCUCGCCACCUGUGAUGAAGGAAGACAGUGUGACAACAACUCGGCCCACAGAUGGCAUGGACGUCUAUUUUGAGAAGCCAGCGGAUGACACGGAGCAUGCCAACUUCCUGCGUGCCAAAACAGACCUGGAGGAGCGGCGAAUGAGGUGCAUCAAUGAGAUCAUGAAGGAGUGGGCCGCGGCAGAUAAGGGGUCAAAGUCGAAGAAUCUGCCAAAGUCAGAGCAGCAAGCCCUAAAUGAGCACUUCCAGUCUGUGCUGCAAACGCUAGAGGAACAAGUGGCGGGCGAGAGGCAGAGGCUGGUGGAGACACACUUGGCCAGAGUGGAGUCCAUUCUCAACAACAACCGCCGCUUGGCCCUGGAGAGCUACCUGUCUGCAGUCGAGUCCGAUGAGCCACAGCCGGACCGUGUGCUACAGGCUCUGAAGCGAUACAUGGCCGCCGAACAGAAAGACCGAAGACACACGCUCAGGCACUAUCAGCAUAUCGUGGCCGUCGAUCCGCAGAAGGCCGAACAGAUGAAAUUCCAGGUGUAUACACAUCUGCAUGUUAUUGAGGAGAGGAUGAACCAGAGUCUGGCGCUGCUCUACAAGGAUCCUAUUUUGGCUGAGGAGCUCCAUGAUGAUAUCCAAGAGCUUGUGCGGGCAGAGCGGGGAGAUAUCAGCGAGCUCAUGACCACAUCGUUUUCUGAGACGCAUACAACUGAGGAGCUUUUGCCAGCUGACUGUGACGAAGAGAAGGAUGAUGAGGAAGAAGAGGAGAGAGAAUUUCAGAAUAGGCCCUACCCUCCCCGCGUUGACCUGCAGACGAAUAAAAAAGGAGAUGAAUACGACUAUGCCACAUCUGAGAAGACUCCUACCUAUGAAUAUGAGGAAAAGAUCAACACCUCUGUGGAGCUCAAACAGGUUGUGUACAAGCAUGAUGAAAUUGAGAGAGAUGAACUGCAACCUGAUGCCUUGGAGACAUUUAACCGCGGUGCCAUGGUGGGCUUGCUGGUGGUAGCUGUGGCCAUCGCCAUGGUGAUGGUCAUCAGUCUGUUGCUGGUGCGCAGGAAGCCUUACGGCACUAUUAGCCACGGCAUCGUCGAGGUGGACCCUAUGCUGACCCCAGAGGAACGACAGCUCACCAAAAUGCAGAACCACGGCUACGAAAACCCCACUUACAAAUUCUUUGAGCAAAUGAACUGAGUUUGUAGCAAGUCGGCCGCUGGUUUUGUCCCAUCGUCACGGUGAUGCACCAACCACACCGCCUGUAAUGGAUUGACAACACCGAGAUCGCAUCAAUUUCCUGGAUAAGCUCAGUCUUUAGUCCAUACCUAUUGUAAAUGACCAACGACAUCAGUCAUCUUUACCGAAAUGUGAAUAGUGAAAUAGAACACCUCACCUGCUGUAAUCUCCAUUGGAUUAGAUCCUGCUGCGUACUGUCAAAAAAAUUCCCAUUGAAACAACCAUCAGAGUGGCAUGACUUGACCUACUGACACACCAUAAACUGAAUGGUGCAUCGCGCUUUUAAAAAAUUUAUUUUUCCAUAGUCAACUACAUAUCGUUUCACAUACUGUAGAUAUAGUGUAACUGUGUAGAUGAGUGUGAUAGGAAGCCUGGUUAUCCUCAUUUAGCAUCAAAUGACCAAUUAAACUAAAUUGUACUUAAUCAUCUCCAAUGAGGUCGAAUCAAUAUCAUUUAAAUUUACUUUGGAGUAUUAGCCAUCAGCUUUUUUUUUUUUUUUUUUUAAUAAAUUGGCAAAUAUACAGUAAAGUAUUCAGUUUAGCUUCAUUAAGUUUAUUUGUACUGCUACCUAAAUAAGUGUAAAAUAGAAUAUAGAUUUAAUGAAAGCAUGAGAACUCGGUGUAUGAAGCUGCUGUAACUAUUUGUGUUGUUGCCGUCACUGCUUCCUAAAAAGUCGCCGUUUCAAACGGACACUGUAAAUAACACAGGUUGUACACUUAGGCCCCAAAUGAUUUAUACCCAAUUCGGAUUGUGAGUUAUUUGCAAAACAUCUUCUGCAUGGAAAUGACACUACAGGAUAGCAGAAUUUGACAUGGAACAGUUGUGUCAGAUAUUUUUAAAUGUUAUUUUUUAGCAUUUUUAUGAAAGCGUCCUCCAAUAACAACACUAAAAUAAUUCAGAACUUGUCCAACUUUUCAAAAGUUAUACUGAACACUGGACUUAGGGGGUUAGGGUUGAAUAUUGUGUGAAUGGCUACUUGAAUGACAAAAAGUGGAAUAGAAUGGGGUGGGUAAGGAUUAGAUAUGUAUGUCUGUAUUGCGGAAAAUUUGGAAUCAUUUUGAACAAAAUUCUUAUUAAUCUCUCGACACAACUUUAAUCACUCCUCCACUUUCUUGUGUCAUUUUUUCCAACCAGAAGAUUAUCUGUUCACGUUGUCAAAUGUAUGAUUCAUUCAGGGCUUAAGUGUAUCCACCAUGUAGUUAAACGUCCUAGUAGACGUUUCUGACUCAUUGGUGUAACGGAAUGAUACAUCAACGUAGUGCGUUGUGCUGUAAAUGAGAAGGAGAAGCAUUUUCCUUACAUGGCUGAUUGAAAACGGACUGUUGUAAAAAACCAGCACAAGACGACACAGUAACUUCUUUCUGAAUGUAUUUAAGGUAGUUGUUGAGAUUCCAUUCUCUUAGUUACUGACUUUAUUUCGCCUGCUGCCAUUUCCAGAGUAGUGACGUUAGGCCACGCGACAUGCAUUGACACUCUCGUCAUCACUUUGUAGCAGCCUGCUCAUUAUUUGUCAGGUGAGUGUCAAGGCUGAGGAAUCAAAAAGCGGAAGGUGUAAAAUACAGAGUGCAGUAUAUUGUGUCAGUGUGUGUGUAUUCAAGCCUAAAAACACAGCACACGUAGUUAAUGUAAGUAGUGAUAGUAUGUCAUUAAGCUACUUGUCUUGACAUCCUAAUGCGGAUUAUUAGCACUCUAUCGAAGCUUUGAUCCCUCUCUUUCCUCCUGUUAGUCGUGUGCGUGUCAAUUUAGGAAGCCACUUAAAAGGGUCACGUUGCAGGACGUGCAGAUAAUGCAAAAAAAAAAAAAAAUUUAAAAGAACACAUAACAGCAUUGUGAUGGUGUGUUUCACGAGGCUGGUUGUGUUACGAUGGGUCACAGCCUUUGUAUAAUUUGUACAGCUAUGUUAGUGAAUGUCCACAGUUUAAUGAUACUACUGAAACCAUAGAUGAGAAUAAGCUUGCCUGUUUUUAUUUCGAUUGCAAAAACCACCACCGAGGGUUCCCUACCAGCAUUUAGCAGACGUAGUAAGGUAUGUAAUACCGUAGUUACCCCAAUCACAUCUAUACAUGUGUCCUCUGUUCAGUUCUCUCCCUGUGAAAUAUUAAAAUUGUCUGAGAUUUUAAUUGCUGCGUUAUUGCCUUUUACAAUGCUGUGUUUUAGAUGUAAUUAUAUUGUAUUUUUUAUUUAUACUGGACAUAAUAAUCAGUUGGUUCAAGGGUCAUGCUUUUCACGUGUCAUUUUAGGAGCUUGUAUAUUAAAGCAAUGAUGUGUUUAAGAUAAAUGUGAGUCAGGUGUUUGCAGCCUAAUUGACAGCAACAAUGCGGCACUAAGCACAAGCCAUCAAAUUGCCGUGUCUGCCUAGGAAUGGCUAUUUUAAGACAUUUCCUCAAUUAAUCAAUGAAAUAUUUGUUAUUUGGCAAUGUUAUUUUAAUAGGAAUUUUCUUGGUUGUGUCAUAGCUGACAUCUCCUCAGAUAUAGCUUAAUUGCCAUGACUGGUGUGGGUCUUUUUGAGACUGAAUCGAAAGUGCUUCUGCUGGUGGGAGCAAAUAGUGCACUCUAUUUUGCCUCACUAGCUCCAAGUUGUGACAAAUCAUCAAUCAAUUGAAUACUAAGUAUCAAUUGUUAUGCCCAUCCCUGGCUUGCGCACACAUCGGUUCUAUAUUACUACUGAGAGGAAAUCCUUUUUCUCAACUCAUAUGAUCCUUUAACCAAAGCCAUGCAGCAAGAAGAAGUAGAUAUUUUAAUUUGAUAAGAAAAGGUGUUUUCUCUGUUGUGUAAUUGUAACUGCAAGCAAUCAAUCCAAGCUAAUUGAUAGUGUAAUAAAAUUGAAUGACCCAUAAAA